AUGGCAACCACCGACUCAGGCGACUGGCCGGGCAGGAUCGACCAGCAGCAGCAGCAGCAGCAGCAGCAGCAGCAGGUGCAGCAGGUGGAAACAACCGUUGCAGGCAGGCACUACCCCGUCCACUCCGUUGUUGAAAUGGGUGCCUUCCUAGCUGAAAGUCCGAGUGAGGUCAACAGACGCAGCCGGACAGUCGAGAACGUUGGCGAGGUAGCGGAGAGUAGCCGCGGCGAAGUGGUUGGACGGCAACGGGCUCGAUGA